AUGGCAGAUAAGGCUGAGAGACCUGUCGAUGAGAUCGAGAGGACGUCAAGUCCCGAGGAUGUCCCUGUGGACAGUAAGCUCCAUGGCGAGGAGGACUGGACAGCUGAAGAGGAGCGAAAACUAGUCCGCAAGAUUGACUGGCGAAUCUUGCCCUAUCUGUCGCUCGUUUUUGGGCUGUCUCUGCUAGAUCGCUCCAACAUCUCUGCCGCUUAUAUUGCUGGCAUGGGAACGGAUCUGGAUCUCGCUGUGGGAAGCCGAUAUUCCAUUGCGCUUUUGCUAUUCUUCAUCACUUACGCUCUCUGCGAAAUCCCAAGCAAUCUGAUCAUUCGACGUAUUGGCGCGAGAUGGUGGUUGAGUUUCCUCAUAACUUUGUGGGGUGUGUCUGUCCUGUGCAUGGGGUUUGUGAAAUCCUGGAUUCCCUUGACGAUUCUCCGUUUACUUCUUGGUAUCUUUGAAGCAGGGUUGUUUCCUGGUAGCAUCUUCAUCAUCUCGUCAUGGUAUAAGACCUACGAGACGGCGAGGCGAGUAUCGACAUUCUACAUGGCUUCUUUGCUCGCGUCUGGCUUCAAUGGCAUCGUACGUCCGGGACUAACUCAUUUGAAGCGCUGGAGAUGGAUCUUCAUCAUCGAGGGUGCAAUCACCGUUGCAUGUGGACUACUGGCUCCCAUCUUCUUGGGCGAAUUCCCCGAGAAGACCCGCUGGCUCACCGAGCGACAAAGACACAUUGCGACACUCCGAAUCGCCAAUGAACGAUCAGGCCGCGAAUACGAGCACCCAAGCCUUUGGCAAGGUCUCAGAAUGCUCAUGGAUUGGAAGGUCGGCGUAUAUGCUCUGCAAUAUUACGUCGCCGCAUCCUCAGUAUACUCCCUCGCAUACUUCAUCCCGAUCAUCCUACGACAAGGUCUCGGCUACAGCUAUGCAUUGUCUCAGAUCUUGACUAGCCCUCCCUAUCUUUUCACCGUCGUCAUGUCGAUCCUCACCGCGUGGCUUUCGGACAAGAUGAAGUUGAGAUGGCCCACGAGGACACUAACCAGGGCUUUCCGCAGCGUCGUCGGCCUUCUAAUCGUCCUGUACGCCAAACCCCCGGGUGUUCGGCUCUUCGGGACGUUUCUCGCCGUGUUCGGCACACAAGCCAACGUGCCAGGCUCGCUCGCCUACGGCCAGAACCAGACAGCGCUGCCCCAGAAAAAGGGGCUCGUGGCAGCCGCGAUGAUCACGGCCGGCGCUGCGGGCGGGAUCACGGGGUCGACGAUCUUCCGCGCCCAGGACGCACCCCUGUAUCUGCCUGGCAUGUGGGUCACGAUUGUGUUUCAGAUUUUGUACUUCUUUGGCACGAUGGCGAUGAGUCUCUGGUUUAAGAAACGGAAUCGGGAGGCCGACGAGAAGGGCGUGGUGCUGGAGGGCGUGGUGGGCUUUCGGUAUGCGCCUUGA